AUGACGACCCGCACACACAACGAGUUCCUGGACACCGCAGCCAGCAACGAUGAGACCAGCGAUCGUGGCUACGACUCCGAAGCCAAUGUAACAGAGAGCAAAGGACGAGCCGUGAAGCGGCGACGAACAGCCGAGACGCAAGACUUCUUCGGAGUAGAGUCAGACGAAGACGACGAGAACGAGGAUUCCGAAGAAGAAGAAGACACCCACGGCAAAGGCAAGAGCAAAAGCAAGAGCCGCAAGCAAGCCACCGCCAACGCAGAUGCCGAAAAUGAAGAUGAAGAAGAAGACAACGACGACGAAGCAGACCAAGACAGCGCAUUCCUAGAAGCAGCCGCAAAAAUCGCGCGCACGAAAGCCUUCCUACCAACCGAAAAGAAAUCCAAACUCGCCAACGGCAAAGCGCCCAAGAAGAACAAAACGGGCGUGAUCUACCUCUCCUCCCUGCCACCAUACCUGAAACCAUUCGCCCUGAAAGCAAUGCUCGAACAGCGUGGCUUUGAACCCAUCACUAAGAUCUUCCUCGCACCUCUCCUCCCUUCAGCAGCUGGCAACCGGCGCAAAAGCAACAAGCGCAAGACCUACACCGAUGGCUGGGUUGAGUUCGCGUCGAAGAAGACUGCGAAGAUCUGCGCUGAGACGCUGAAUGCGCAUAUUGUCGGCGGAAAGAAGGGUGGUUGGUACCACGAUGAUGUGUGGAAUAUGAAGUAUCUGCGCGGAUUUAAGUGGGCGGAUCUGAUGGAGCAGGUUCAGCGUGAGCGAAGUGAGAGGGAGGCUAGGCAGCGAAUUGAGGAUUCGCGCGCAAAGAAGGAGGAGAAGAUGUUCGUUGCUGGUGUUGAGAGUGGACGUGUUGCUGAUGGCAUGGCGAGGAAGAACGAGGAGAAGGCGCGGAGGAAGUUGGAGGAGGCUGAGAAGAAAGAUGGACAGAAGGAGGUUUCGCAGAAGAAGAUUGCUCAGCCUGUUCGACGACGCUUCCAGCAGAGUGAGGUUGUUCGUGGGAGUAAGGAGGGGGCUGUUGCUGAUGACACUAAGAGGGUGCUUGGAAAGAUUUUCUAG